AGUUGAGUUGAGGUCCCUUGUUCUUGUGUUUCUCUUCUAACCUGCUGCCUCCUCUCUCCCUCCUCUCCAGGCUUGUGCAGUGGCAGCAGCACUUUGGUUUAAGGGGCUUUCUACUGCUGCCCCUGUCUUCAAAGGGGCUCAUGAAGAGGCUAGCAAUUGUGAUUCUUCUCCUAGUUGUUGUUGAUGCCGACAGGGGCAUCAGAAGUGAUGCCCGUGGCUACUGCAAUUACAAACGAAGCUUGAAUCCGAGACCACAUAGUGUCACCAUAACAGAAUUUGGGGCGGUUGGAGACGGUGUAACCUUGAACACGGUGGCCUUCCAAAAUGCUGUCUUUUAUUUGAGGUCAUUUGCAGAUAAAGGAGGAGCUCAGCUCUAUGUUCCAAAAGGGAAAUGGCUCACCGGAAGCUUCAACCUAACCAGCCACCUUACUCUCUUCUUGGAGAAGGAUGCAGUGAUUAUUGGAAGUCAGGAUUCGUCUCAAUGGCCUAUCGUAGAACCAUUACCCUCCUACGGUCAGGGGCAAGAUCUUCCAGGUCAGCGGCAUCGUAGCUUGAUAAAUGGAUAUAACUUGACCGACAUAGUGAUAACAGGUGAUAACGGAACUAUUGAUGGGCAGGGGCUUGUUUGGUGGGAGUGGUUCAACUCCCGGACUCUGAAUUAUAGCCGACCUCAUGUUCUCGAACUCGUGAACUCUACUGAUGUCUUCGUUUCAAAUUUAACUUUCUUGAAUUCGCCUGCAUGGAGCAUCCAUCCAGUCUACUGCAGCAACAUCGAUAUCCAGAACAUAACAGUUUAUGCUUCAUUCGAUUCUCCAUUUACAAAUGGCAUUGUUCCAGAUUCCUGCUCAAAUAUGUGCAUUGAAGACUGUAGUAUUGAAGUUGGACAGGAUGGCAUUGCUCUUAAAAGUGGUUGGGACAAUUAUGGUAUCACUUUCGAUAGACCUUCAACCAAUAUCCAUAUCAGGAAGGUCCAUUUGCAGGCACCACUCGGCUCGGGACUCGCUUUCGGCAGUGAGAUGUCUGGUGGAAUCUCACUUAUAUAUGUUGAGAACCUCCACAUUGACAACUCUUUGACCGGCAUCAGCUUUGAAACAGCCCUUGGUCGCGGUGGCUUCAUAUCAAGCAUUGUCAUAUCGAAUGUGGAAAUGGAGAAUGUGCACGAAGCGUUUUGGUUCACUGGCAACUCUAGUAGCCAUCCUGACGACCAGUAUGACCCAGACAUCCUCCCGGUCAUCCAACAAAUUACCUUAAAAAAUGUGAUUGGCACCAACAUAUCAACCGCUGGGUUCUUCUCAGGAAUUGACAAUGAUCCCUUCACUGCUAUUUGUCUCUCAAACAUCACAUUGUCCAUCUCCUCUGACCAUGAUCUCCCCUUCUCUUGGUCUUGUUCAAAUGUUUCAGGAUACUCCGAAUCUGUCUUUCCUAGUCCAUGCUCCAACCUCACUUCAAACUCGUCCCACUUCUGCUUCUCUCUCGAUGACUUCACCACCCUCGCAGAAGCUUGAUAAACACUCGGCUUUGUAGUUGCGAUAUUCGUUUCAGGCCUUGAUCGUGUACAAUCAUGAAACUUAAGCUUCAUCGCCCAUUGUUUGUUUAUUCUUGCUCCCUCAAUAAAUCCCAACAAUGAAGAUGCUUUUUUCCUCCAUUGAUCAUUGAGUUGAUGCUUGUUCACCAUCUUUCUUAAUUAGUUCUAAAUGGAAAAAAAGGGAUGGAAUUAGAGAUGUUAAUGUGGAUUUUUGUACAGUUAAAUUUCUUCAUUCAAUCUGUAAGAAAAUUUUUUGGUAAUGCAUGGUAUGGAAUCCAUACAUUUGCUUGA